CUUACCGUAAUCCAGCACCUUACGUCACGUAUAACCAAUAUGGCGGCGCCCUCUCCAGCGCCAUAAUAUGUAAUGAGAGAAGCGUUAAAAAGUCGAGUUGUGAUCACGUUUUCUGAAAGUCUGCCAUCGAAAUUCUCUGGUCAAGUAGUUGUGUGAAGAUUUAUACCAUCACUCGUCGUGAAAAUGGGUGUAGAGCGCUUAUUAUGCAGGGCGCUGGAGUGUUACUCCCGACAGUUUCGACUCGUUAACAUUCAGCAAAAAGUCAGAGUCUUUCAAGAUGCGCCGAUGUCCACACAAACUUCACGGACACCGUCCAGCACGUUUGACCGGAGUAAAUGCGUAGGAGGCCUGUGCAGCAGGAUAUUCGUCCACACAAGCCGCCUCGGUGCCGUUCACAGACAGCUAGCUGCCCGCCGCAGCCUCUGCACCUCCACCCAACCCUCCAGAGACGUCACCUUGUUUGAGCACGAUAGGACCCGCUUCUUCCGGCUCCUCACGGUCUUCUGCGGUGGCCAGUUUCUCUUCUGGACAUACCUGGGCCACUUCGCUUACACUGAGCUAAGAGACACAGGAGGCGCGACACAGAGAGGGAAAACAAUGGCCUCCACUACCACCACCGGGCUGGCUGGGAUGUGGAGCUUUGAGAUGAACCUGGGGUCAAACAAAUGGAGGUAUGGCUUCACGCUGGGAUGCCUGGCAAUAGGAGUAGGGUUAGUCGGACUCGGGGUUUUAUUUUGCCGGCGUUCUGUCAGCAAGGUUGUCCUACACCAAGGGGGGAGGAUGGUGACAGUUUCCACCCAGUCACCCAUGGGACUAGGUCGAGGUCGCAGAAUAACAGUCCCGCUGUCCCAAGUGGCCUGCCACGCUCACAGACAUGAGUCACCCUCAUUCAUCCCCCUCAGGGUCAAAGGACACAAGUUCUACUUUCUUCUGGACAAAGAAGGGACCAUGAAAAACGCUAGGCUGUUUGAUGUCACUGUUGGGGCUUACCGGUCACUUUAAGUUGUGGUUAUACACCGUUGACAUAACUGUGUGGGACACCAAGCACCAAUGGACACUGGUCUACAGAUGUGAUUUGACAUUGCUGCCAAGUUAAUAAAUCAGUGUCUGUCCUCAGUUACAGAAAAUCUAAGGGAUCAGAGAUCAACUCAUUUAAGUUCAUUUCUGCUUACUAUCGGAUGUGGCAUACCCAUGCUUCUGACACUGUCAGAGUGAGAAGUGUUGUCAUAUAAAUUUUAAAUUUGCUUGAAAUCAAUCAAUCAUACAAUGCAAGAAACUGAAUGAAUCUGCUAUGACAUUAAACUGUUUGACAUA